AUGAAUUUUAUAACCAAGUUUAGGAAUCUGCUUUUGGGUGUCGAAGUCGAGCCGCGCGGUGCGAGCCGGGAGCCGUGUAGAGUAGCGGCGGCUCGCGCGGACAGCGGGGCGGGCGGGGCGCGCGGGGAGCGGGCGGGGUGCGCGGGGGGCGGGAGGAGUGGGGCGCGCGGGGCGGUCGCAAUUACGGCGUCAUUAGCGGGCGGCGCUGGGCGGGGCCGCCCCUCUCCGGCGCCGGCGCGCGGGCGCCGCGGCCGCCUCGAGCCCAGUCCGCACCGUGCUGCCGUCGCGCACGCACGCGCAUGUCGCUCGUUGUUCAAUUCGGUGAUG